GUUGAAUGUUGGGGCGCUGGAGCUAAAGAUUUACGGUACCUAGUGUUUGGAACUCAGACAUGAAGUUCUCCAAGGUCAAGGAUGAUAGCUGUGAUUUCUCUGAUGUAGUGAAUGGAUUAAGAAAUCUUUAUGAUAGAAGACUGAAGCCUUUGGAGGUGACAUAUUUGUUCCCACAGUUUCAUUCACCAACACUUGAUUCGGGGGAAUUUAGUUGUAAGCCAAUGAUUCUUCUUUUGGGUCAGUAUUCUACCGGAAAGACCACCUUUAUCAAAUACGUUCUGGGAUCCGCUUUUCCGGGCAUGCAUAUUGGCCCAGAGCCGACAACUGACCGAUUCAGUGUAGUGAUGGAAGGGGAUGAAGGUAUUAUUCCCGGGAAUGCACUUGUUGUUGAUGCCCAAAAACCUUUCCGCCCCCUUUCGAAAUUCGGAAAUAACUUCCUUAACCGAUUCCAGUGCUGCCAACUCCGAAAUCCUGUUCUCAACAGUUUAGUCAUCAUUGAUACCCCGGGAAUAUUAAGCGGUGAAAAACAAAGGUUGGACCGUGGUUACGACUUCGCUUCCGUUGUUCAGUGGUUUGCAGAACAUGUUGACAGGAUAAUCCUGCUCUUUGAUGCCCAUAAACUGGACAUAUCAGACGAGUUUAAGCGAGUGAUAGAAUCUCUCAGAGGUUUUGACGACAAAAUCCGUAUUGUUCUAAAUAAAGCUGAUAUGGUUGAUUCUCAGCAGUUAAUGCGCAUCUAUGGAGCAUUAAUGUGGGGUCUCGGUAAAGUGUUAGGGACUCCGGAGGUUGCUAGGGUAUACAUCGGAUCAUUUUGGGACCGACCACUGCAAUACGAUACGAACCGUCGCCUAUUCGAGUUAGAGUCACAGGACCUAUUUAAAGACCUUCGAAGUUUGCCUUCUAACGCAGCCAUGCGAAAACUAAAUGAUAUGAUACGACGAGCAAGGCUAGCGAAAGUACAUGCUUAUAUUAUUGGUUAUCUUAAGAAAGAGAUGCCUUCAAUCGUUGGGAAAACCAAAAAGAAACAAGAACUUAUCAGCAAUUUAGGGCGGAUUUAUGAAACUAUCUCACGUUUACACAAUAUAUCUCCUGGUGACUUCCCCAAACUCGAUCAUAUGAAAAAUGUUUUGAAUGAUCAAGAUUUUUCAGCCUUUCCAGCUCUUAAAGAAAAGCUUAUUGAACAAGUUGACGUUAUGUUAAGCCAGGAGAUACCCAAAUUAAUGCAGUUGAUACCAAUUGAACAAUCAGCGUCUGUUGAACAAGGUAAGAAUUUCAUCAAAGGAGGAGCUUUUGAUGGUAGUGUAGAAGAUAGUCCAUUCACAGCAGAGGCUGAUCUGGAUAUUAAUCGUGGACGAUAUGAUAAUAAGUGGGUCGGAGAAGAAGAUCGAGAGAAGUAUGAAAAAGAGUUUACCAGUCUCAAUCCAGUUAAUGGCCGCCUUCCUGGGGGCGGAGCAUUAAAAGAUAACUUGAUUCAAUCUGGUUUAUCUAAUUUCACAUUAAGUCGUAUAUGGAAACUUUCAGACAUUGAUAAAGAUGGCUAUUUUGAUAUCGAUGAGUUCAUUCUUGCCAAGUAUUUGAUCAAAUUGGUGAAGAACGGUACUGAAAUCCCAGGAACUUUACCAGAUCACUUAAUUCCACCUAGUAAACUCAAUCUUAAUUCAUCAGCAACAAAUCAUGUAGUCGAAUGUAGCGAACCAAAAUAUUAAAUUUCACUGAUCUCGUUUGGCGAUGAAGCUACCAACUGAUUUACACCAAGAUUGUCAUUUUUGAGCAUUGGGAAUGUACAUGUCACUUCAAAUUCCUAUUGUUUAGAACAAAUUUAUUUUUAUUCUCCUAGACCUACCUAACUUACUAAUAUGCUAAAAUUUUGAGAAACAUUGUACCUGUGAUACUUCUAAAGUCUGUUUCUUAUUACCCGUUCCUGUGUAUGUGUUUGUAUUUAAUGACUUACUUUUGAAUACAUACAGGAAAUGAAACAUUCCCUAUUCAAAAGCUUCAGGUUCUCAUUGCUGGCUUUUUUUUCUAUAUUUUAGAAAAUUAAACAUCUGCUUGAUUGUGCCUAUUAUUCUUUAAUUGUUUGUAUCUUAUCGUUAUUACACUUAUUUUUGUAAACUAUAUCGUGUAUAUUAUUAUUGAAUUUACUAUUCUUUAGUUAUUUACCCCUUGAUGUUUAGUUACGUUUUUUGUUUGUCAUCAUUUCUGAUCAGUAGACAGAAUGAAUAUUUUUAUUUUUUUUGAGGGGAAGGAAUAAAUUGAUUUCGUUGUUAUUCUUCAUCAAUUCAUCAUUACUACGCUAAUAGUUGGAAUUGAUUCGUUCGGAUGAUAACUGUUAUUGCAUCUAUCCACCAUAGAUGUAUUCUGUACUCUUAGUGUUCGAUUAAACGACAUACGUUGAAUGGAAAAUUCUCACUGUCAG